UGCAAUAUGAUGGAUCAAAUUCAUGGGGACAUUGGACAAAGUACAACAUUUACAUACAUAUAACAGCACUUGCCAUUACUAUGAUGGUGAAAAGAGUUAAGAAGAAAGUGGUAUCCAACCAACACCAACCCAUCUCUUUCUCUCUCUCCCUUUCAUGUCUCCUUCCCCUUUAUAUUAAAUCUUUUUCACACCCUUCUAACUUCAGGGCUCAACCUCAAAUCAGCUCUCACAUACACAGAAACUCAUAAACACACACACAUACACACACUCACACUCACACUCACAUUUGGAGCUAGCCCCUUUUGGCUAUUCUGUUGUUGUGUAAUCGUUGUUCCCUCCAAACACAAACACAAACACACUGACAGCAAUAGCAAUAUCUUAAAUUCUAUCAAACAAAACAAACCUCAAUUGCUCAGAAUAUGGCUUCUCCACCAGACACGAGCAAAACCAUAAAGCUAGAGAGAUACAACAGCUACAUCCGAAGAGUGAACAGCACCAAGCUCCUAAACGCAUCCUCCAAGCUUCUCUUCCGUGCCACACUCCUCGUAGCACUCGUCCUCGUGUUCCUCUUCACCUUCAAUAACUACCCUCCACUCUCCGACAACAACCACCAUGUCCACACACACAAAAACUUCCUCUCCUCCGCAUUCGGCGGCGGUGGCGGUGGCGGCGCCUGGGAGAAACAAGUGCUCCACUCUUCCACUCCCCGCCGCCCACACGGCAUGUCGGUGCUUGUCACCGGCGCGGUUGGUUUCGUCGGGACCCACUGCUCCCUCGCCCUGAAGAAGCGCGGCGACGGCGUCCUCGGCCUCGACAACUUCAACAGCUACUACGACCCGUCGUUGAAGCGUGCGAGGCAGGCACUGUUGUCGAAGCACGAAAUCUUCGUCGUGGAAGGUGACCUAAACGACGCGCCGUUGUUGGCGAAACUCUUCGAUGUGAUGCCGUUCACACACAUCCUCCACCUGGCGGCACAGGCCGGCGUUCGUUACGCCAUGCAGAACCCGCAAUCGUACGUCAGUUCAAACAUUGCAGGCUUCGUGAACCUUCUAGAAGUUGCCAAAUCAGCGAAACCCCAACCUUCCAUCGUGUGGGCCUCAUCUAGCUCCGUCUACGGACUCAACACCGAAAACCCUUUCUCCGAGCUUCACCGGACCGAUCAGCCGGCCAGCCUCUACGCCGCCACCAAGAAAGCCGGCGAGGAAAUCGCCCACACCUAUAACCAUAUUUACGGUCUUGCCCUCACCGGUCUUAGGUUCUUCACCGUGUACGGCCCAUGGGGGAGACCCGACAUGGCGUACUUCUUCUUCACGAAGGACAUCCUUCAGGGGAAGACCAUCGACGUGUACCAGACGCAGGACGGGAAGGAGGUGGCGCGUGACUUCACUUACAUCGAUGAUGUGGUAAAGGGAUGCCUCGGUGCGCUGGACACGGCGGAGAAGAGCACCGGAAGCGGCGGCAAGAAGAGGGGACCCGCACAGCUGAGGAUUUACAACCUCGGGAACACGUCGCCGGUGCCGGUGGGGAAGUUGGUGUCGAUUUUGGAAGGUUUGCUGAGCACGAAGGCGAAGAAGCACGUGAUCAAGAUGCCACGAAACGGUGACGUUCCGUUCACGCACGCCAACGUGACUUUGGCUUAUAGGGAUUUCGGUUACAAACCCUCCACGGAUUUGGCCACGGGGUUGAGGAAGUUCGUGAAGUGGUACGUUCGUUAUUACGGGAUUCAGCCGAGGGUAAAAAAGGAAAAUCAUCUUGACAAUGAACAACCCGAGGAUUCCGCUUGAUUGUUUUGCUAUCAUUGUCACAUCACAUGGCCCUCUCUCUCUCUCUCUCUCAUUUUCCUUGUUUU